GUUUUUUUGGUUUUCCAGCGCUGUGAGGAAAUGAACUCUACAUUUACUCUGUGGAUUUAUGUCACAGGCCUGGGAAAUAGUUAGGCACAGAUCUGUCGGGUAAAAUUGUUGUAAGGUGUGUAGAUUUACUCAAAAAUGCACUGAAAAAACAGUGUAAAAUGGCUUAUUUGUUCACUGAAAUGUAAUUCCUGCGAAGGAACUGGGGAUUUUACGCGACUGCCCGCCUCUUCAGGUUCUGCCCUACAUCUGGUUGUUUGCGGUCCUUUGCAGUUUGCAGGGCUGUCUGUACUCUGCCCCACAUUUUAUUUGGCAAUUCUCACCGCCGCCGCCGCUCGUCCCGUCGUCCUCGCUGCGUAAAAAGCCGCCGCGCGCCGCUUGGAGAUGUAGUAGCUUUGCGCGCGCCGCGGUCUCCCCCCCCCCCCGCAAAAUGGACCUAAAAGCCGAACUCCUCAAGUCCAUCUGGUACGCCUUCACCUCGCUGGACGUGGAAAAGUGCGGAAAAGUGUCCAAGUCGCAAUUAAAGGUGCUCUCUCACAACCUGUACACGGUCCUCAACAUCCCGCAUGACCCGGUGGCCCUGGAGGAGCACUUCCAGGACGACGACGAUGGCCCAGUGUCCAAUCAUGGAUACAUGCCCUACCUCAACAAGUACAUCCUGGACAAGGUGAAAGAGGGGAUGUUCGACAAGGAGAAGUUUGACGACCUGUGCUGGAUGAUGACCAUGAAGAAAAACCUGAAGGCGGCGCCGCAGGGGACGCUGCUGUCUGAGAGAGACAACUUCAAGCUCUUCUGUCUGUUCAACCUGCUGUCUGAGGAUCGAUACCCACUGGUCAUGAUACCAGAGGAGGUGGAGUAUCUCCUCAAGAAGAUCUGCACAGCGAUGAGCCAGGAGUGGGACGGAAAGCCCAUGGACGACUUGAUAUCCCAGGAUGCCACGGUGCAGGAGGAGGGCAUGUCGGUGUGGAGCUUCCUGGAGCACAUGGGCGCAGGGCGGCUGCUGAGGGUCACCAGCGCCGAGGCCUUCAGCCUGGCGCUGGACGAGGUGUUUCUGGAGAUGUAUCACAACGUCCUGAAGAGGGGUUACAUGUGGAAAAAAGGACACGUGCGCAGGAACUGGACCGAGCGCUGGUUCGUGCUGAAACCCUCCUCCAUGGCUUACUACGUCAGCGAGGACCUGAAGGACAAGCGAGGCGAAAUCCAGCUGGAUAAGAACUGUGUCAUCGAGCCGAUUCCAGACAGGGAGGGAAAACGCUGCAUGUUCUGUGUGAAAACCCACAACAAAACCUUCGAGAUGAGCGCCUCGGACCAGAGACAGAAGGUGGAGUGGACUCAAGCUAUUCAGACAGCGCUGCGUCUUCAGGCCGAGGGGAAGCGCUCCCUUCACUACGAGCUCAAAGUGAAGCGGCGCGUCCAGCGGGAACACAGCCAGCGGGAACGCAGCCGCAGCAGCCGCAGCAGCUGCAGCAGCCGCAGCAGCCGCAGCAGCCAAUCGGACGACCUGACCAUACAGGAGCUGGAGAAGAUGGAGAGGGACAAGGGGAGGCAGGACUUAGAGAUCGAGAACAUCAUUCAGCAUGCGCGGGAAUUGGAAACACGCAGACGGGAGGCGGAGGAGAGAGAGAGGAGGCGGCAGAGGGAGGUGCAGAUGGAGCUGGAGAGACAGCUGAAAGAGGCUGAGAUGGUGAGAGACAGCAUGCAGGCCGAGAUGCAGGAGAAGGAAAAGGAGGCGGAGCAGCAGAAGAAAAGGAUCAAGGAGCUGGAGCUGACCCAACGGAAACUGGAGGCUGCUCUCAACAUGGAGAUCCAGGCUCGACAGGAGGAGGAGAGAGCCAGACUGGAGCUGGAGAGGGUGCUGAGGGCUGAAGCAGAGAAGAAGAGGCAGUUCCAGCUCCUCCAGGAGCAGCAGAGAGCCUUGCACAACCUCAGCCCAGUGCAGGAGGCCUCUGAUGGGAGCGCAGAUGAGGAAACCCCCUCGGCUCUCUACUCCGCCUCUCAGGAGCUGCAGGACCUGCAGGAAUCUCGCCAGAGGAGCCAUCAGCACCUGGAGGAGGUUCAGGAGAAGCUGAGGAACGCCAGUCAACAUGUACGACACUGGAACGUCCAGCUGAACCGCCUGAUGAAGCCCAUCUCUCCUGCAGAGCGUUUGGAGAGUCGUUUAUUAACUACACGCACAUGUCCCAAGACGGAAGGCGCGUUGGCCAGCAACGAAUUUAUCUCCAAAUUUAAGAUACGAGCCAAUCAGAACAGCCGGACGCGAGACGGAUUGGAGGAGCAGAUGGAAGCCGCCAACCUGUCUGACGAAUCAGACGACUCGCAUGAUAAAUCCAACGGGCGGAUGUGACCUCUCAGAAAUGAUCAGAACAAAACUCUAUAUUUGUGUAAAAUUUAGAGUGAAUGGAGGAAACGUUCUGCAAGCCUUGUAUUAUAUUUAUGUUUUGGAUUUUCACAAUGAUGAGUACGACGUUAGGCAGGUUUAAAUGAAAACAUCUGACAAACAGAUUUACAGUUUUGUACAAUAAAGUCUAUGCUGAAUAAUAAAACUUUAUUUUUCUUGUGA